AUGACAAUUAGCACGUUCAACGAGAACCUCGCGAACAAGCGACUUACCUACUCCCACGCGGCAGAAUCACACAUACAAUACACAUCCCCCUACCACGAAUUCACAAACAGCACUUACAGCCUUCGAGGGUACCGAGCACCGAUUCUCGGUGCUGCUGUCUUCUCUAACAUCACUCUUCUCUUCCCUACCAUGUCAUCCCUCAGCUCGCUCCCCUUGGAGAUGUUGGGAGAGAUUGGAGGUCAUCUGCAGAUGCAGGACCUCCAUAACUGUUCACUUGCUUGUAAAGUGCUUGAUGCUGGGAUACAGAGGCACUUGUUCCGCAAGAUGGCAUUUGCUGGGACUAGGGCAGUAAUGGAAGAAGUCCUCUUACGCUUCCUAUCAAACAAGAACCAAUCACGUACCCGAGCCAUGAGCAGUGUAUGCAGUUCCCUUCGGAUCGAGGUGUUACCACAGGACGACGAUCCUUUCGAUGAAGGCAAGGACUUACUUCCUGCGCUGCUCAUUUCCACGAAAAAGAAUUUGCCCGGCGUGACUUGCUUGUCUCUUUCUCUCCAUGGGCUGUCGAGCUCCGAGAUUGCCUCACUUCACAGAAUGUUGAAGGAGGGUCCCAGGUACUCCCUGCGCAACGUGGAGAGUAUGGAUGUUGUUCCUAGCAUGGCUCGACACGGGGUGGCCUCCAUCAAGGAGGGCUGCCCGGAUCUACGCAGACUUCGGGUGAAUUUCAAAAACCCGCUGUACGAUUUCCACCAGCACCUUAGGGGAGGCUCAUGGGCCAAGCUGAACCAGUUUGAGAAUAUGGAGCAGCUGGUAGUCCAGGAGAAGGGGCCGGCGACUGCCUACCCGAUCGGCGGAAUAUCCCGACCGAUAGAUAUCACGACCCGACUCUGCACAAUCGCAGACCAAUUGAGAGAUUCACCAACUCUCAGGCAGCUCUCAAUUGAGUUCCAUCCAAGGAUUACGACUUGGAUCAUGCUUCCGGCGCAAAGACUUAAUCCCGGACAGCGCCACCGAACCGAACUGGACACUUUUGUCAUGACAGGCAUAAUGGCGAUGGGAGCGAGACUCCCACAAGUGGAGGAGAUAUGUUUGGUAGAGCGCAGCGCUGUAUUCAACGGCGUCAACAUGAUUCACCGGGGUGUUCGCGACCCUGACGGUGAGAUGGCCGUCACGAUCGAGGCCCCCGGCCAUGAGAAUACUUUCCCCUUGAACAUUUCGGACUAG